CCUCUACCUACUGCAUAAGCGUAUGAAUCUUUUCGGACGAGCUCUUAUCCACAAGUUAAACAACGGUUGGCUUAUUUAGUAUGUGGAAGAUGUGACCCAAUAAUGGUCAAGAUAAGCCUACAUCCUGGUGCAUGUUUCAUCUCCAUUGUUAUCUCGAUCCUCACACAAGGGCUGGCUCUCGACCUGCGGCACCCCAGGGUUAAGACGAGUCAGAGUUCUACUGCAGGGCGAUUUUCCCAUGCAGGAUCGGCAGUGGAUCAACGCCUCAAUACCAUAUCACACACAGCUUACAAAACUGCAGAACAGCUUACGAACCCAUGGUGGAAAGUGGACCUAGGUGCAGCCUAUUGCUUACGAAAAAUCACUCUGGUUAAUAGAAUACAUGAGAAUCCCGCCAUUGAAAGACGCUUACGAGGUAAUGUAAUUCGUGCUGGUAUGAGCUCCAACCAUCUGCUUAACCCGGAGAUAGGAAGGGUGCGAAACGAUCAAGCUGUAAGCGGGGCGGUUGUAGAUUUUACUCCCGAACCGUACGUCACUGCACGGUACGUCAGCGUAGAUGUUCCCAGAAGCGGUCCUGGAACUAUCGUCCAGUUGACAGAAGUUAUGGUGGAAGAGUUCAAUAUGCAUACGACUAUGGGUGCCUCUUCAACAGCUGUCAUUCUAACUGGUAACUCAAGUAGCCAGAGCUCAACGCUGGAACAGGAUGGUAAUCGCUGGGAUGCGGCGAGAGCCGUGGAUGGAUAUCCAAUGUACGGGGACACCAGCUGCAGUAGAACAAAUAUUCAACAAAAUCCGUGGUGGAAGAGCGACCUCACUUCUGUACGAUGUGUUGGAGCAGUUGCCAUCCGGAACAUAGAUGCCCUUCGACACAACACGCGCCUAAAUUUAAUGGGCGCUGUUGCACGUGCUGGCUUGAGUGACACGCCUACCGAUAACGCGAUGUGUGGUUCGUCUGUGACCCAGUACCAAGCUUUUAUCAAUGACUGGAUUGAAUUCACCUGCGAUCCGUCCAGACUGGCACGGUACGUUAGCAUCAAUAUUCCCGGUGAAGCGGCUCUUAUACUAUGCGAAGUAAGAGUUCUGCCGUGUGAUCUCCAACCUCCAGCACUCAACUUGACUGAAAAACCAAGAGAUCAAAGCUCCGCAGUGAGCGGACAAGAUGCUGGAAAAGCCUUCGAUGGACUCCCAGAAGAACCCUUCUGCAGCCUCACGGGAAAUGAAGAGAACCCGUGGUGGAGGGUGGACCUGGAGUCAAGUUACUGUCUUGGAAUAAUCCAAGUCAGGAAUACAGGCAGUCCAACAGAACCCAACUUGCAGGAUUCUGUCGUAAGGGCUGGCCUAAGCGAAGUUCAUACCAACAACAUCAUGUGUGGUACACCUCUGACCAGUGAACAGUCCACCAUCAAUGACUGGAUAAAGUUUACGUGCGACCCACCCGUACUUGCCCGGUAUGUUAGCGUCGACAUACCAGGACCCGCGAGCCUCAAACUAUGCGAGGUGACGGUAUCCCCCUGCGACUUGCAACAAAAGGCAAAAGUUAUGGAUUUUACUGUGGUUGCAAAUCGUGCUCGUCUUGGUGACGCUGGAGACAACGAUUCCUCCAUCACUGCCUACAAAGGUGCAGAAGACGUCUCUGUUGGCGUGUCAUUCGGCCGCCAGCUGCCAACGGGAGGGAGGAGCAAUGACCUCCCCUCUGGAUCAGUGGUACUGGCUGAUCCGUCAACGGGAUGUGCAGACAAAUUGGUUUUACGAUUACCAGAGGAGGGUGGAUUGAAUAGGACAGGCGUCUUCUUCUCUGAGAUGAUCAGUGAUGACAUCACUACCAGGGUACAGGUCGUCAUCUUACCUGAUGGAAAUGACACCGACGUGCGUCCUACUCAACGAACACAGACAGCAAACAUCGGAGAUUCCGUAAUGCUGCAAAUGCACGAUGUUAACUCACCUAGCACCGAUUAUAGGUGGAGGCAUAAUGGAGGUGUCAUCAUUGAAUCUUGGAACAACUUCCUGAACGUGACAAUACCAAACGUAACUGUGGAGAAAGAGGGAAUAUACGCAUGCUUUGCUUUAGAUCAGGAAAAUGAACAACUACAUGGCAUCAUGAGACUUAUAGUUAGAGGUUGUCCCUUUGGAUUGUGGGCUCCACCUUCGUGUCUGAAAAUCUGCCGUCGAUGCUACAAUGGCGGUGUAUGUGAUGACAAGUCUGGUACAUGUGUGUGUCCUCCAGGAUUCAGUGGAGACAGUUGUGAGCAAGCACAGGGUCGUCAUGUGUUUGGCAAGACUGCUGAUCAGCGAUGCUCUAAUAGCACUGAUGCACACAACGAUGCUUGCCGAGGGCGUUUGUUUUGUCUACCAGACCCUUAUGGAUGCUCCUGUGCUGCAGGUUACAAAGGAUUAGACUGUAUGCAAGACUGUGAUGACGGAACGUUUGGUGCAGGUUGCCAGCAGACUUGUCACUGUGCAUCAGGAGGAACGUGCAGUAAAGAUACAGGAGAAUGUAGCACGGGUUGUGCGGCAUCAUAUUUCGGAAGUAACUGUCAGUGCUCAACUGAGAAUGCUGUUCUGGGGCUCGAAGCGACAUCAGGCGACCCUCGUCAAUUAUUCGUUACGUGGCAACCAGAUCUGUGCGCUUCUAGAUAUGAAUUGACAAUCAGGGACGAGUGUGCGGACGUGGUAUCCCAAGAAUUGACAUCUGAGAAUGCUUACCAUUUCGUCACUGGCCUGGAGUACCCACUAAGCCAUAGAGUUUACAUGCGACCGGUGUACCCGGGUGAUGAACUUGGACCUGAGGUGACAUUUCCGCAAACAACUGAACCAACUAUGGCACCAGUUGACGUGAAUUUCACUUUAGCUGCACCAUACAGCCUGAGUUUCUCCUGGAGUAAGCCACCUUGUGGAAGCCGGGGUGGUAUCACCACAGGCUACACGUACAAACUGACUGAAGGAAGUCCGGAAUCCCAAGUAAUCAUUCAGACAGUGACAUCAGAGGAAUCGGUGACCAUCGAAGGUUUAACGCCGCUGACUGAGUACAGUUUUCAGGUUGCUGCCAAUACCAUUGCGGGAACUGGACCGUACAGUCAGGCUGCUGUGGGGACAACGCUACAAGAAGUCCAAAGUACAGCUGAAAUCACAUCAGUCCCGGUAUCAACGGGAGAAGGAAGCACACUCCAUCCGUCUACGCGAGUAUCGACUACGGCAGAUGCCUUGACCACGCUCAAGCCGUCAACUUCUGAACCAACUCAGGUACCAACGACAACAUCUAUAACACUCGAGCCGUCAACUACUGAAGCAUCUCAGGCACCAACGACGUCAGUAGUAUCCACAACAUUCGAGCCGUCAACUACUGAAGCAACUCAGGUACCAACGGCACCCGUAGCAUCCACAACAUUCCAGCCAGAAACUACUGAAGCAACUCAGGUACCAACGACACCAGAAGCAUCCACAACAUUCCAGCCGGCAACUACUGGAGCAACUCAGGUACCAACGACACAAGUAGCACCUACAACAUUCGAAUCGUCAAUAACAGAAGCAUUCACAACAUUCGAGCCGUCAACUACUGAAGUAACUCAUGUAUUAACGACACCAGAGGCAUCCACGACAUUUGAGCCGUCAACUACUGAAGCAACUCAGGUACCAACGACACCCGUAGCACCCACAACAUUUGAGCCGUCAACUACUGAAGCAACUCAGGUACCAACGACACCCGUAGCACCCACAACAUUCGAGCCGGCAACUACUGAAGCAACUCAGGUACCAACGGCACCCGUAGCAUCCACAACAUUCGAGCCGGUAACUACUGAAGCAACUCAGGUAUCAACGAUGCCAGUAGCAUCCACAGCACUUGAGCUGUCAACUACUGAAGUAACUCGGGUACGAACUACGCAAGAGGCAGCCACCACAUUCCCGCCAUCAACUAUGGAAGUCGAUGAGCCAUUGUUAGUUACUUCUGUUCCUGAAUCAAUCACCAACGAGACAACCAGACCACCUUCCAAAACAAAUGAGCAACCUGACAUUGGUCCACCCUCAUCGGCAGUCGCUGGUGGAGUGGCAGCUGCUGUUGUGAUUCUCAUUACGUUGAUGGUAGUCGCUGCUGUGGUGCAUAACAGGGCCCGCCUUGUAAACCAGCCGUCAGCUGAUGUCAACGUUGGUGUCUCAAUGGAAGAAAUAAGCACAGACUUUGUUCCUGACGGGGUCUAUCAGGUUCAAGAACCCAUUGGCGAUGGUAUGGGUCAGGAUUCGUUCUCCUGGUCCACAUCAAAGAACUCGAUUACGACGACCGAAUCCUGGCCGACGCCCGAGGAAUCCAAAGCGGAGACCUCCGAGAGCGCAUCCGUUGAUGAUGACAGUUCAGCAAAGGUGUGUCGUGCACAAAGAAUCGCUCAGGAAGAGCCCGUGCCACAUCCACCAGUCGACGAGGGCGCAGAUCAGCGUACAUUGAGGGACCUUUUCAGCCAAACCUACAUCGGUUUAUUCUGAUAAGCUCCCACAAUGCAAUGCGAGUCAGAACGACUGUGCUAGCCAAACGAAGCAGAGGCCAAACUAAAGAGAAACAUAACACGAGGCAGAUGUCAAC